GCGCGGCGGAGCGCGGCACGAAUCUGACGGCUCCUUAGCUCACUGCUCUGGCCAAAGAGCGGGGAGGGAGGCGACGGGGAAACACACACGCCAGGCAGGGAGGGCGCGCAGAAAUUGGCACGCACGUAGUCCUGCCGGUCCAGAGGCAAGGAUAGAGACCUGGCACACGAGUCUCUACAAAUUCCCCUUCAGCUAGGUCUGCCCUUAUUCCUCUCUCCCACUGCCGCAAGUUUCAAGCAGCCUUCGCUGGCAAUCCGGACCCGGGCCGUCCUCACCCCCCACCCACUAGGCACUAGGUGUGUUCGGAAACCUUGGGCAGAACCCAACCACAAUUUUUUCUUGCUUACGAUGCCGGCGGACACCCUGGAGAAGCCGAGGGCCUCUCCUCUGGCUGGAGCGCCGGCCAGCGCCAGCCAGACGCCAGACAAACCCAAGAGCGCGAGCGAACACCGCAAGGUAAGGGCUGUGGUUGCAGACCGGAGGGCGAUUCUGGAACUGUUCCCCCGGGGGGGGGAGUUCCGGGGCCGGUUGUGCAAAGAGAUGCUCAGCCCCGAAACCGGCCAUGGAUUGAUCCCAUCCUUCUCUUUUGCUCUGCAGUCGUCCAAGCCCAUAAUGGAGAAGCGGCGAAGAGCUCGGAUCAAUGAGAGUUUGGGCCAGCUUAAGACCCUUAUCCUGGACGCACUAAAGAAAGAUAGCUCCCGCCACUCGAAGCUGGAGAAGGCAGACAUCCUAGAAAUGACUGUCAAGCAUCUGCGGAGCCUGCAGAGGGUCCAAGUGACAGCUGCCCUCAGCGGUGACCCGAGCGUCCUAGGCAAAUACCGCGCCGGCUUCAACGAAUGCAUGAACGAGGUGACCCGCUUCUUGUCCUCCUGCGACGGGGUCACUUCGGACGUGCGCUCUCGCCUCCUGAGCCACCUUGCCGCCUGCCUUAACCAGCUCGGACCCGUGCGAUACACGCCUCCCGGAGUUGGUCAGCCCUCACAUCUGUCUCAACCGCUGCACGUCCAGCUUCCCGGAACCGCGGCUACCGCUUCUGCCCAGUGCAAAAUGAGCCCGGCUGGUGCCUUGUCGCCCAAAGUGUACGGCGGCUUCCACCUGGUGCCGGCCCACGACGGCCAGGCUGUAGCUUUCCUCAUCCCCAACCCCGCCUUCGGGCCUGCCCCAGGCUCGCUGCUCCCGACCUACCCCAGCGCUGCAGCGGCUGGGGGAGGUCCAGCCACGGGGGCAGCGCUGGCAGGCGCCCCUCCUCCCCCUGCAGCCGGUGGCGCCACCAGCUCGCCGGUGCACGGCCUCACCUCCCUGGGAGGCAGUGGGCCCAGGGCGGGCAGCCCCGCGGAGGACAGAUGUGAACCUGUCUGGAGGCCGUGGUGAGCCGCCGCAGCCGCUGUCAAACCUCUCUUGCUCAGACUUUGCCGGGGAGGAAGAGGUGCCGCAACCCCCAGGCCCGCCCUUUCUCGGAGGGAAGCCUCUCUUGUCCAGUUAGUUCCGUUUUAUGGGACGCUCGAGUGUGUCGGGCAGACGAGACUUAUUUAUUUCCACAGGCUGGAGUUACGCGUCGUCGAGUCGUGACUUGUUCUUGGUGUCAAUGUUUUUUACAUAAAUGCCUUCUUGGAAACUGAAAA